ACCAUUAUGUCAACUAAAAUGAAUAUACAAGUUGUAGGGUGUAUAUUAUCUAAUUCUUUUCAUAUUACUAAAUAUCUAUUACUUAAUUUGGUGAAACAUCGGCACGAUUUGAUUAAUAAAUAUGUUAUAAAAGGUGUUAUGGAUAUUGAAUGGACGAGAUGUUUAUGGAAUAUAAAUCAAAUUCUUGGUGGUGUGAAACGCCAAGAUACUGUAGCAAUAUUUAUCAAUGAAAAGUAUAUAGGCACUUGCGUAGAAUUUCAACAUUAUAUAAGCUCCAAAUACAAUAUUACCAUAAGUUUAUGGUCACUGAAUUAUAGACAACUUGCAUUGAUUGAUGUUCAAAACUAUUAUAACAGUAAGUUGACAUUCGUACGUAUGGUUUUUGAAGUUAACAAUUGGGAAAUUGGUCACAUUAUUUUUGUUUUGUUUGAUAAACUAGUUCCAAAAACUUGUAAAUAUUUUAAACAAUUAUGCAUUAAUAAAAUUGAAGGAUACUUAAACAGUUCUGUCCACAGGAUUGAUAUAAAUAACGGUUUUAUUCAAGCUGGACGAAUAUUAAAUCAAGUGGCGUAUUUAAAAAAAGAAAAUUUCUUAGUCAGUCAUGAUAGAAGAGGUGUGUUGUCAUUAGCUAGUAGACAAACAUAUUUUAAUGGCCCGGAAUUUAUUAUUAGUUUUCAACCAAAUCCUUGGAUGAAUAAUAAAUAUGUGGCGUUUGGACAUGCUGUCGAGGGUGAAAAAACCUUAAAAAUAAUUGAGAAAUUGUCGAACGCACAUACAAUCUUUAACCAACCAAUACGUAUAACGUCGUAUGAUAUAUUACCAAACUGCAAUACUCGUUCUGUCGUUGAAACAAAAUUAGACAAAUUUUUAUAUUCUAUUAUUGAAAAAAUUAUACUCAAAGCUAUGUAUAUAAACACAUACGGCAAACCCAAACCUCUUUAUAAACCUACUAUCACAAAUCUUCAGUAUAUAGAAUCGAUUGUUCAAACCUUAACAACUAAUGUUAUGAGUAAAAUUAAAGACUUUACACCAUCUCAAGAAAAUAUACCAUUUAUGGAUUAUUCAAAACAGUUAAGACUACCAGGUUCUAUAUCUAUUCCAAGCGCGCCAUCUAUCUGCAAAGAUGGAACAAAGAAAAAACAUUCACUCAUAAAGUUAACGCCAUAUUCUACUGGUUUUAAUGGCACUACAAAUAAAUUACACAAAACUGAUGAAACAAAGUCGACGAUAAAAUCGAAACAGCAUACGGAUGCUUGCAGUAAAAUAAGAAUCGACAAAAAUGACGAGUAUGGUAUAAAUUUACCAAUAAAUCAUAAGAACUAUUGGAAAUAUAAAAAAAUUUAUGAUGUAAUUUCCAAUUGA